GAAGGUCUUACGCCACUCUCUCCUCUGCUGUCUCCCCUUGGGCUAUCAUGGUAAACAAACAAGAACUAUUGCUAACUCAACUCUUGACUUACUGACAGUUUAUCGACGUUAAGAAAGGACAGUGUAUGAGGUGACCAAGAAAACAGACUAACAGAAGGAAGAUGAUGUGCAGGUUAGGCAAAAGAUAUGGAACAUGGAAAACAUUGUAAGAAUACCCAGAGACGUGACAAGUAUACCUUCUAGUGUUCAUGGUGAUCAAACAGGGACGACCGUGGAAAUCAUCUUUUUGGCAACGCCAGUUAUCUAAUUGUCACAGAGUUAAGCAUGACAGCAGGUGCCACAUGACUGAGGAGGGUGACAAGACGUUGACACCAUGUCGAUGAUUGCAGGCCACAGGCAAAACAGUACCCACUCCACAAGGAAAAAGGUUCAAAUUUCUUACGUUAUUCGGGAUGAAGUGGAGAAAUUCCAUCGAUCGUCCGUCAAUUCCCUACAGUAUGACCCAUACCUCCAACGACUGUAUUCAGCGGGUCGUGACUCUAUCAUACGGAUAUGGAAUUGCAAAAACCAGAAAGACCCAUACAUCCAGUCUAUGGAACAUCAUACAGAUUGGGUCAAUGACAUUGUGCUUUGUUGUGGGGGGAAAAAUUUAAUAUCAGCAAGUUCAGACACUACUGUUAAAGUAUGGAAUGCUCAUAAGGGUUUCUGUAUGUCAACUCUCCGAACUCACAAAGAUUAUGUGAAAGCCUUGGCAUAUGCACGGGAUCGUGAGCAAGUAGCAUCUGCCGGGCUAGAUAAAGCGAUCUUUCUGUGGGAUGUUCAAACUUUAACAGCCCUUACAGCCAGCAACAACACAGUUACAACUUCAUCCUUAAAUGGCAAUAAGGAUUCUAUCUACAGUUUAGCCAUGAAUGCUCCUGGGACUGUCAUUGUGAGUGGCAGCACAGAGAAGCAACUUAGAGUAUGGGAUCCUCGUACUGGUAACAAACUCAUGAAGCUUAAAGGUCACACAGACAACGUAAAAGCUUUGUUAGUUAAUCGGGACGGUACUCAAGUCAUAUCAGGCAGCUCAGAUGGUACAAUUAGAGUGUGGUCACUAGGGCAGCAGCGAUGCAUCAAAACCAUAAGGAUCCACGAGGAGGGUGUUUGGGCUCUUCAGGCAAAUGAGACCUUCACAUCUGUGUACUCUGGUGGGAGAGAUAAACUCAUAUACAAGUGUGAGACUCGUGCUCCUGAUAAAUAUGUAUUGUUAUGUCAGGAGUCUGCCCCAGUGCUCAAGAUGCUCUUGACUCCUGAUAACUCAUCACUCUAUGUAGCGACUACAAAUUCAGCCAUAAAGUGUUGGCCACUGAACAACAGAUUAUCACAUGUAGAGGACUAUUGUGAGAAUGAAGAGGAACUAGAUAUUCGACCUGUGAUGACCCAGCCAGAUUGGACCAUUCGGGGUGGCCCAUCCAUCAAACAGUACACAGUCCUCAAUGAUAAACGACACUUACUAACACGUGACACUGAGGAGAAUGUAGUUCUAUGGGAUAUUCUUAAGGCAGCAAAAGUGGACGAAUUAGGGAAAGUGGAUUUUGACAGUGAAAAGGAAAAGAGAAACAAAUCUAUUUAUGUUCCUAGUUGGUUUACUGUGGAUCUUAAAACUGGAAUGUUAACAAUCCACUUAGCAGAAAAACGGGAUGAAGUUGAUUGUUUGUCCGCUUGGGUGUCAGCCAAAGAAGCAGAUUUUCCUACUCAAGAUGGUGUUGAUCUUAAAAUAAACUAUGGUGAACUACUUUUAAAAGCAUUAUUUGAACAUUGGCCGAGAACUUAUUUGUUUGAAGAGAAUGAGACUGGAGAAGGUGCUGAAGGUGGGGUAACAAAUCACAAUGGUCACACACCCAGACCUGGCAAUGAAUAUUUCUCCAUCCCUCCUCACACACCAGUGAUAAUAAGUGAAAUACAAGGGAGAACACUGUACCGGCUGCUGUGUGGAGAUGCUGGUGGUGACACUGAAGGAGUACUACUUAAUGAAACAGUUCCACCUUGGGUGCUAGACAUUGUUGUGGAGAAGACUUCACCAAAGCCCAAGAACAAAGUUUACUUUUUCCUGCUUCCUCAUGCAUCUUCUGGUAUUAAAAGAGAGAAAAAGGAUCGUUUAAGCGCCAACGAUUUCAUCCAGAUCCGAAAAGUACAGGAACACGUAUAUGAGAAAGUUUUAGGGGGUGGCAGUGAUGCUGGAUCAACCACCAAUAAUAACAAUGAUCGUGGAAGUGAUGAUAAAGCAGAAACUACAUCAAUUGCAGAAGAACGUGUUCAGCUGCUGUGUAAUGAUAAGGUAUUAGAUCCUAAUAUGGAUCUUCGUACAGUGCAGCACUUCAUCUGGGGUAACACUUCUCAAGACCUUGUAUUGUUCUAUCGACCAAUCAAGUGAAACCAGCAUGUUUGUUGGGUUAGCAUUCCUUAUAUAAUGUGUAGGAAGAAGUUACUGCCCUCAAUCAAGUGUAGUCAGUAAAUUCAUCUCUACAUUUUAUUGUUAUAUGUUACUCUAUAGAAAAUAGGGAUUCUUUUAUUAGGAUGUGGUAAAAAGUGGGAACUUGCAAUUGCCAAAACUUUUUUCAAAUUUGAGUCAUGUAUGUUGCAAUCAUUUUCACUGUAUAGAAUCAUUUUCACCUUCUUUGUAUUAACUCAUUUCAUAGAACUGUAUUUCAUUUUACAUACAUGUAAAAAAUGCAGUCCUACCCUCUCCUUUCACAGAUUGUGUAACUGUAGUUUGAAAUUUUAAAAUUAUUGGCUUGAAAUAUUACAAAAUAUGGUAAGGUACAGUAUAUUGUUUAGUCUCAUUAUCUCAAGAUCUCAAUUAUACAAGACCUGAUCACCCAGAAUCUUAGUCAUCCAUAACAUCAUACUUUUCUACUGUUUAUUUUGUGGUUUGAUCACUCAAUAUGGAGUUGAAGUAAAAAUAUUUACCCAUGGUACACACAGUAUAAUUCAUGAGUUUGGUGUUAGCCUUUCUGGCUAAAGGAUAUGUUGAACAACCAUGUGGGUUAACUAUGGUGUGCAUAAUUGAACUCUUGUUAUAUAGGAUUACAAGGUUUAGUUACAUUAGUUUGUAUAUCUAAAUGGUAAAUUGGUAAUCUGUGUAUAGAAAGUGUAUUAUACUGAUGUGAGCUGCAUUUGUACAGAGUUUUUUAAGACUCACUUUCAAAAUGAAACACAGCAAACAUGAAUUAUGUAACAUAAUCCAGAUUUAAAGUCACAUCAUUGAUAUAGUACAUAAAGGUACAUGAAUAGUUAAUAAUAAUAUUUAAUCAUUUUAAGUGACUGAAUUAUGACAUACACUACUGUACAGUAUUUAUUACAAUUAGCUGGAACUCUUCUAAAAUAUUUUUUGCUGAGUUAGUAGAUAAUUAUUCUGAGUUUCCAGUAUGAACUUGUUAGUACAGUAGUGUUGGAAAAUGCUAUGUUAACUUUUUUGUUUCUAAAUGACUGAAAGUACUCAUGAGUUGCAUUUUGGUAGAUAAAGACAAUAAGUUACAAAUAUUUACAAUGAUUUUGUUUUCGACAUUAGUACUACUUACAACAUGGUUUAUACAGUACAUAUAUAUAUAUACAUAUAAUUUUUUUUUAUAACUUGGUAAGUUGACAAUCCCCAGAUUUUUUAAGAGUGUAGUACAUCUCCUGCAUAUGUCAAACAAAGUUAACCUCAACAAGUAUUAUACAUGCUCUGUGUUUAAUGUCUGUGAAAUAUUGUACAGGGUACUUUCAAAAAUGGGUUUGAAAGCUGAAAGUAAGAUGAAGCAUUGCACUAUACGUUUGUUAUUUUGUCGGUUUUUUUUUUAAUAUAAACAGUGGAUAUUUAUUGCAUUACUGACAUUAAAUGAACUAAUGUUUGACAUAGGUAAUCAGAUUAAAACAAUUAAAAUCUUUGAUAUUAUAAUUGAAUUCUGAUUAAUGGUGUGUUUCCUCUCCAGAUAUGAUGAACAUAUCUAGCAUCAUGACAACACUGAACAAUAAGUUGAUACUCUUUCAACACUGGUAAUUUUCAAACUUAUAGUCUGAAUCAAAACUUCAGAGCUGUAACUGUUAAAGAAUUUUUUACUUUUACAGUACUUUGCGGUUGUCAAUACUCAUAAUACAGGGUACUGUAUUUGACACACGGAUGGAUAUUACGACUAUGCGUACAGUAAUUAUUAUUAUUUUUUUUUUUACAUAUUCUUAGUUUCAGUAAAUUUCUAGUGCAGUAACACAGUCAGCCAAUAUAUCUAAUAUAUUAUUACAGUAUCUGACAUUUUUAUUUUUAUAAUAAUAACAACUAUUCUUAGAGUUUUGCAUUUAUUGAAAGUAUAAAGGCUUGAGGAUUCAUUUAAUUGUCUAAUACAGAUGAUACUGACAGCAACUUUUUAGAUGGAGAAGAAAAUAUCCAGAAAUUUCUUGAAUUUGAGAUAUAAGAAAUGAAGUCAUGUUUCCUGUAAUCCAUAUAUUUUUAAUCAUAAUCAUGACACGACUCCAUUAUUUUUGUUGGCCUUAUUGCAUGACUGAGUGCUAUUUACUAAUAUGCUCCAGUUAGUAAGCCCAAUGAAAAAGCUAUUUUAAGAAAUUUGACUUGUUAAUCAUGUAAUGUGUCUCACUUAUCCUUGAUUCAGUGAAGCAAUAGUACAAUACCUCACUAUACUGUUAGAUACCCCCUUUUGCCAUCCAUUUUCAGUAAUGGUUUAUACUCUAAUAUUUGAAAAAAAAAUAGUGAUAAAUAAUGAUGGUUUACUGUAAAUUAGACUUUCAUUGAUUGACAUUUAUGCAUUUAAAGAAUCAGUGGCAGAACUCUCAUGAACUAAUUGCUCAAAAUUAGUGGAUAUUAAGCCCAGUAUUCAAGAGUAGAAGCACCAUACAAAGUAAUACAUCUCUAAAGCUUUACCAAAUAUAUUUUACACUGUCUUCCACUAUCAUUCAGUGGCAUUCUCCCAGACAAUAUACUGUAGUUGAACCUAGUCCAGGGGGGUCUUACUUGACAGUGCCAUAAUACUCUGUCAGCAUAACAGACCUAAGUGUAUCUAUGCACUCAAUGCAUGAGACUCAGGUUGAAUUAGAGAGGGUGGUGAGAUGUUACACUGAUCGGUACACAGCUCAUCACUCUCAUUUUACACUCCAGACCAAGAUAACAUUUUUCACUGUAGGAGAAUUGCCAACCCACAGUAGUGGGAAAUAGGGUAAACAAAUUCCAGCUUAAUGAUAUUCAUAAAGCAAUGAUACCUAUCUUUCUGUGGUAGUCUUGCUCAUACCAGUUAAUUUUGUUUAGCUUAAAUCUACAAGAAGAGUUUUUUCCUCUCUUGCAAGCCAUGUCUGAAGUCAAGUGGUACAUGGUGGCUGUGUGAUGAUAAAUUAUGAAAUCUGAUAUUUUAUUGAAAGAGAGUAACAGUUGCAUAAUUUUUUCAUCCUCAGUAUUGACAAUGCUCAAAAGUAUUGAGGAUGAGCAAAUUUCAUAAAGACCAAUAAUCCUCAGCAGCUUUUGCUGUAAUCACAGUUGCAUAAAUUCAGCAAGUUUGUAAUCUUGCUUGCAAAAUGUAAAACGUACCCAAAAACUAAAUGAAAAAGAAGUUACUGUAAUGUUCACGAAUAUACUGUAUACUGUACUGUACAGUACAUGAAUUUGCAGUAGAUACACUUUAAAUAAACAUUAUAUUAUACAUUUGCAUUCCUGCAAGAGAGAAGCCAAUUCACAUUUUCACUAGUCCACUGUGACUAUCCCAUUUGCCAGGCUACUGCUAGGCACUUUUUCACACUAGUAAUGGUUGGUAAUAUUGCUUUGUGACUGUUAAGCUUUUUCUGAAUUUAUAUGAAUAAGGCCAACACUGUUCAGAUUUCAUCAUGUCUUAUCUGUAGAGUAUCUGGAUAAAAAAGUUUGUAUUUAUGUGUUGUUAUACUAAAGAAAGUUACUUGACCUGGAAAUCAAAGCAUUUGAAUAUGGUUGUAAUUUGAUUUGAUAUCAAUGGCAAACAAUCUUAGUUUCAUCUUUAUUUAAUAUAAAGUUUCAUUUGUUGACUUCUAUUUAAAUAAAGAUGAUGAGGAAGUUUAUAUUUUGGCUUAACAUUAUUAUGGACAAGACAAUUUUUUUUUAAUUAUAUUACACUACAAUAGUAUAUAUGUAAAUAAAUUUCAUGUCAUAGCAUGAAUGUCUAUUAAAUAACUGGUCCAAAAGUGUUUGUUAAAUGAAAGAUUUAAAGAAUUAGAAGAUGGGCAUUCGUAAUCAAACAUUAAUAUAACCCAUCUUUGAGUAAUAUUAACGAUUGAUGUGGAAUGUAUUUUGCUCCUCUCCAAAGAUCUUCAUUCUGUAGGAAACGCCUCAUGCAAGUGUUAAUUAUCCCAACUCUGACAUGUGGCCUUGUGUUAUUUGUACUCGUAAUUAUUUUCGUACAUAUAUCAACCAUGAAGUGAGUAUAAAUAAUGCAUAAAUUAGGUAUUAAACAAUAUGAAUUAUCAUGAUUUGAGCCUAGUGGGUUUUUAAAAAAAAAAAUGGAUCCUAGUGUAAUAAUAACAAUAAUAAUAAUAUCCCACAAAGUUCUCAGGGUGCCAGAUUUUAUUGCAUCCUUUUUUCUUUUAUUUAUAUAUUUUACUUUGCCUCAGAAAUUUUAUUAAGCUACUUUGUGAUCAUAUUUAUGGAUUAUAAUCAAUUGGUCAUUUGUUAUAGAAGAUUGCAUACAAGAUUCAACUAGCUGAGAGCUCACAAUUAAUAAGAUAUAAAAUAUGAUUUUGGUGCUUGAUGGUAGCCAUUAUGAAAUACAGUAUGCAGCACGCUGUUACUGAAAUAAAUAACAGCUUCGUCCAGCCUGGUGUGCGUGUGUGUGUUGCCCAUCAGGUACACCCUAACCCAGCAGGUUAUUAUUACUCUUGUGUAAGAUUCCUGAGUUGUGCAAGUCAUUUGCCUAAGUGAGAUAUGCAUGUUCAGGAAUCUGUAGGGCAAUAAAAUAUUCAAAACACCUGUGGCAUAAAUAUCUUCUUAUGUACUAAAAAUUAGCCUGUACAUUAUCUUAUGUCAUUCUUAAAGGAUUUUGAUUUUUUCAUUAGAUUAAUAUGCCCUUCCUUUCAAAGGAGGUACAUAUCUUGUCAGUAUUUUGUAGCCUUUCCUAUAAAUUUAUGCUUCUUGGGCAUCUUUGUGAAGCUGCCUUAACCUGCAGAGGAUUUGCUGCUUAUCUGUUCCUCAACUGUCCAGCCAUCAACCAAGUCUGCUGUGGUUCCCAGUGCUGUCAUCACAUCAGCUGUACCUCUUGCUAAUAAGUAAACUUUAUUUAAAAAGUGA